AUGCCCGCAGAGGAACCAACGCCUCCUGCACUCAAGCCACCCGCCGCACCAACUGAAGUUCCUGAGCCCCCCGACCGUCACCCACCUCUGGAAGUAACGCCGCCCGACGACUCAGACGUGGUCACAAACGCCCUGGAGAACGGCCAAGUAGGUCCCACCGAGACGGAAGAUAGCGGUGGGGGAGGGUCAACAGAGACAGAGGAUAACCGUGACGGUGGUGGUGGGCCUACCGAGACAGAAGAUAAUGGCGGGGAUGGACCUACCGAGACUGACGACAAUGCAGGGGGAGGGGGCAUUUCGAAUUCAUCGACCACUGGCAUGCCACCCGGAAGCCCACCCAAUGGAGCACCCCCAACCUCAUUCACACCGUCACCGUCUCCCGCCGUCCUCACCUCUACACCGGUCGCUGUAGUUCUCAGUUUUCCGAUGAAUGGCACAUCUACGGCCAUGGUGGCACCGACUACAUCGUCUGCAGGACUUUCGCCGAUCGGUCAAACUCCGAUUGGAACGUUUGGGUCUAUUGAUGUGUUCAUCACUCCCACUGCUACGCACUCGAGGACUGGGGAUAUCGAUGGAACGCCGAGCUUGACCCUCGCACCACCUGUGAUUAGUACUUCGAGGAGGGAAACAACUGUCGGGGAUUCGUCGCCCAGUGCUGGAACUACAGGUAAUCAUCAUGAUCAUAUCCUUAUAAGUGUGAGGCCGUCGAAGCAUGCUGAUCUGUGUAUUUCCAGUCAGAACAACACUCGUACGUCCAUCGACGAGGGUAUACAGCAGUGCAUCAAUUAUUCUCGUCAUCGCAGAUAUAUCAACAAUAACGGCCAGGAGGUCACCUCGUUCUUUGUCAAAACGACCGUUCUCCCCUCUGGUUACGUGGUGACAGCCGACUCAGGGGAUGGUGCUUUGUCGAUAUCGCCAGCACGCCGGUCCAAGAAGAUCGCCAGAAUCGUUGGAAGUAGCGUGGGAGGACUCGUAUUUCUCUCCCUCGUAGGGAUAUUCCUGUUUUUCUUCUUCAGGCGGAAGAGGAGAAGAGGGGUGGUAGACGGGGCUGUAAUGGACGAUCCGGUCAACCCCAUGGCACGGUAUCGCGACUACGAUGGCGAAGGUGGCUACGCUGCAUACACUAACGACACAGCCCAACAGCCAGCCCUCAAUCCGUACGCAGAAUCGAGCAUCAAUCCGCAAACGAGGCUGUUAUUGUCUUCGUCAGCAACAGAGCUAGUAGGAGUUUCGCAUGUAACCAUUGGCGCCAGAGCACCAUCGAACGUGAACUGGGCAUUUCCAUCCGAUGUCGGCGAACACAACCAGUCGUACGCUUCCUUCGGUACUACUACCCCUGUCGACGCGUCCAGGAUGAGGUCCAGAUCGACUUCAAAUGUCUCUUCACAUUCCCCUCAGCCAUUCAAGCAGCAUUACGUGCUUAGACGCCUGUCACGCACAUCCCAGAGCGACUCUCGAGGAGUGUACUCUUCGCUCCCAUUGCAUUCCAAAGGAGAUCCGAAGUACUCGACGAUUCAGAUACCACUCACGAGUACAUCAACAUUUCCCUCGAGUUCGAUCAUCGAGCGUCCUCAAAUGGAGAUCACGGUGUCGCCCAAAUCCAAGUCAGCUAUCGAUCUAUCUUCCUCUUCCACCAUCGCGUCAACAUACCCCGCCCAUUGGGAUCAUACCGCGUCGUUCGCAAAGCCUGGGAGAAGGUCGCGCUUGCAGGAACUCUAUCCCAGCAAGAACAAGGGAGGUUACCCAGCAGUGAACACCGCAUCUGGCGCUGCUAUUGGGACUGGAUACGGGUCGCGUCCCCCAAGGUACCUCCGAACUAGAAUCUCAGACGAGGGUGCCGCUGCGUGGAGGGAGGAGGUUCUUCGGGUUGCCAAUGGCGAGCGUAUUUAA